AUGUACUAUGCUCUCAGGACUAAUGUAAAUAGUGAUCUCCCCACAUUAACUCUUAGUAAAGUGUGUAACAUGAGUAAUUUGGCGAAAAGUCUUUGGCUGCAAAAGAAAAAAAUGCUGACGUGUUUUCCGAUAGACGAAGAUGGGAAUGACGGAAAUCAAGAGUCUGAUGUGCCGUCAAUGGCAAAUCUUGAGGACGAUCUUGUGUUGAUAGAAGAGUAUGAGAAAGCCAAGCUGCUAUUCCUGAUCCAGGAUAUUUAUCGGAUUGAGGAUACUGAAAUAGAGAUUAAAACGCUUUAUCGUCCGCCGAAAAAUAAGUCGGCUCCAAUACUUAUCUGUCACCAUGGCGCUGGAUCGUCUGCAAUGACGUUCUGGAACUUGGCCAAUGAUGCUUACAAUGAAUUAGGCUAUGGAUCGUUUCUCUAUGACGCAAGAGGCCAUGGAGAUUCGACUGAGUCGGAUCAUUUGGAUUUGAGUCUAGAGGCGCUCACAAAUGACUGUAAGUUCGUUCUUCAGGAGUUUGUCAGACGUCAUAAACCUGAGAGUAUCUUGACACUUGUAGGCCAUUCGUUGGGUGGUGCCGUAUUUACAAACUUCUUGACUACCCAAUACGAUCCCAAUGAAUUCAAUGGCGUUGUUGUAAGUGGAUUGGUGGUAAUCGACAUAGUAGAAGAGCUAGCAAUACGAGCAUUGCUCACUACGGAAUCUUUCAUUGGAAGAAUGCCUAGGUCGUUUGCUACAUAUACGGACUCGAUACAAUGGCAUCUCGACUCGCGCUUACUUAACAAUUAUGAAUCUGCCAAGAUCAGUGUAUGUCACCUUCUCAAACGUGGAAGCGGUGAGCGAUUGUUCUGGAAGUGCAAUUUUAAUCAACUUCCAAAGUUUUGGAACACAUGGUUCCCAGGCUUAUCAAAAAACUUCAUUGUGAGCACUAACGGUGCCGUUUCUAAACUCUUACUCCUAUCAACGAACGAGACUUUAGAUAAAGAGUUGAUGAUUGGGCAAAUGCAGGGCAAAUACCAACUCAUUGUCUUCAACAAAUCAUCCAAAACAGGCCAUUUUCUUCAGGAAGACGCAUGUAAACAAACAUUAUUGAGUAUACUGGACUUUAUUCGUCGGAUCGAGCUAACUAAUAAGCUACGAAGUGAGAAUAACUGGAGACCCUAG